AUGUUAAAACUAUACUUUUUGUUUUGUAUUUUUAGUUUUCAUUUAGUCAUAGCACCGAUCCCUUCAAUUAACAAACCCAACAGCACAGAUUCCAUUAUCACGCGUCCAGUUAAUAUCAAUAAUCAACAAGAUUUGCAAGAUUUAACAUUUUUUAGUCAGGUUGUCUUAUCUACUCCAAAUUGGGAUCAAACCUUAACUAAAUAUAAACGUAAAAAGAGAGAUUACAAUGAUGAUUCGCUAGCACUGAUGGACACUCGAAAUCUUGAUAAUAACACGUUUCUUAUGCAAGGAGGCAAAGCAACAAGUCCCAAAUGGCAUGUUGGGGCCGGUGUCUACUUGAACAAAGAGCGAUUUUCGGAUACAAAAAAGACAUACGUUAAGUAUGAGAGUGAUUACUGUUCAGAAGAGGAUUAUUCUAGUGAUGAGGGUGGUCGUAAACGAAAAUGGUUUAAACCUUUUUCAAUUGACUUAAAUGAGACCAAAGACAUUUCCAUCAUUCCUAGCUCAAGAAUAUUAUCCGUUGAUACCGAAGGUAAUUUUGUUAAUCAUAACAAAAUAACAAACUUGAUGCUUGGUUAUCAUUCUGAGAAUGUGCAGAAGGAUACAUUUGAAUCUUGUGGAAAUUUUAAAGCGUUCCAAUUAGUUUAUAUUGUUGUCAUCGUAUUUGCAUACUCUUUUUUACACUUUUAA